AUGGCUGCUCCUUCGCGAGAAGGCUCCAAAGCUCCAAUUGACCGCCAGACCACAACUCCAUUUCAUUUAAAGCUCUUUUACCGAGCCAACAACUACCACAACCUUUCCGACUACAGUAUCCCUGUCCCUCCCCGGCGCGGCGGUCCAGCUAGCGGGCCCAACAGUAUUCGCGGAUCUUCUCCUCCGCCAGCUGCGCCGCUACCCCCUCACCUCGAGAUCUAUACAUGGCAAUCAUGUACGCUACGGGAACUCUCGCAGCUUCUUACUUCCGCGCUGCCUUCAUUACUCCCCGAUCCGCCCAUCGGUACCCGCCUUUGUUUUCGUCUAAUCUAUCCCGACGCUCGCGGUGCGGCAAUUAUGGGCCCCGAUGCGCGCGGUCGAUACGUUAGCAAGGACCUGGGAAGCGUCAUUGUUGCGCCAAGAGACAGUCCAUACCGUAACGAGGAGGACGCAGACGGUCGUGCGGAGCCGCGACCGCGGCCAGGCCCGUUGCGUUUCCAGGGUUCGGAAGCAGACAAGGCGUUGCAAGACGUACGGUUCAUUGUCGGAGAUUACGUUGAGUGCGCCAUUUUGCCUCCUCUUGAGGACGGAUCAGUUGCGCCUGCGCUUCGUGGUGCUUCCGGCCCACCUGGGGCGGGAGGUGGUGGCAUGCGCGCAUUCCGGGAUAAUGGGUUUGGAAGAGGUGGUCGGGGCGGUGCUCGAGGCGGGGAUCGUGGUGGUCUCUCCUAUUCUUCCUCAAGGCGAUUGGAAGCGAGGAGAAAGGCUGCCGGAGGGUGGUGGACGUGGUGGUCGCCGAGGAUGGGCCCCAUAUUAAAGAUUCAACGAAUGUGCAAUUAA